AUGUCUUCUGACGCGUCAAACUCGGGCAACAUAAAGCUUUUUCCGUACACUGUCCAGUAUUUCAAAGAGACCGAGGGUGUGCAGUAUGGUCUACUGGACUUUUAUGAAGACGCCGAUGGGACGAGCGGGGCAGUUUAUCAGCAGAUCGUUGAUGUCACGGAACGUAACGGCUUGUCUACCAGGCAAAUCAGUGCAUGUGGCGUAGACAAGGCAUCGGUUAAUCAUGGGAAACAACAGUUUUUCAGAAGUUAUCAGAAGCUCAAUCCGAAAAUUGUGGAAGGCAACUGCAAAGGGCAGUCCUUGUGGGGUGAAACUGAGAGCCUUGCCACAGCCCUUGACUUGGGAUUUGAUGAGGACAGACUAUACCAUGAUGUAGGAAUACUGAACGAGGUCAUCUCCUCCAUGAUCCCCAAAGACGUGUGCUGCGUCAAGGUGGAGAUCCCCGCAGGGCGGCACGAGCACUGUGACAGGUGCCACGACGUCCACUGCCAAGUCCAGGUGAAGGUCUCAGUCUCGUGCUUGGUCAUCAAAUGCCGCAAAAACUGUGGCGCCGUCCUGCACAUGUGCAAGGAAGAGGAGCACCUGCUUCUCUGUCCCAACGAGAAGGUGCCCUGCCUCAACGCCGGCUAUGGGUGUCCCCUCUCGAUGCCCCGCCACCGGCUAGCCAAGCACUUGGAAGUCUGCCCCGCCAGUGUGGUCUGCUGCUCACAGGAGUGGAACCGUUGGCCGGUCACCGACACAGACAAGGCCUUUUACAGAAAUGUGUCAGGAGACUCGCAGAUCGCAGAGGGACACCUGGACGUAGCUAUGGCUCUCAGGGACCAAGAGCUGCUAUUCAGGUCCAUCAAAAUGAAAAAUGUCUUCCCCGAAUUGCUGGAAGUACUUAGCGAACCUGUGCUUGAAGAUAUGGCUGUUGGAGGCACAGGUGGUGCCUUUGAUGAUGGUGGAUUUACAGAGAAUGGCUGCUUCAGGAUGGAGGAUAAAGAACUAAGUGAAGAGGAGAGGGAAGCUUUGGCCAAGAAUUCGGACCUAGAGAGUAUUCAGAAUUUCAGUUGCUGGGAGGGAAUAUUCAGGAAGGAGAUGGAGGGAUGUAAGCAAACGGUCAAAAACUUGAAUAGAGUAACUGACUCUGGUGGGGCGAAGGAAGAGAAAGAUUCACCUCGUAACCGCAGCGAGACAAGCAACUUGGGGCAGAGUCAAGAAAAUACUUGUGCUGCAAGUGUGGCUACUGGCACCACUGGCCUUGCCCCAUGGCAGGACGGCGUCUUAGAGAGGUUAGGCAAAGAGUUCAAUAUUGCUGAGUAUAAUAUGUACCUGGUGCAUAAUGGGGCAAUGCUAAUCAACUUUGGUCAGCUUGCUGCUUGCACCCCGAGAGAGAAGGAUUUUGUUUAUGGGAACCUGGAGCCCAUUGAGGUUCAAACGGUACGGUCAUUUAAUGUUCCCACCAGCUACCGGGCAAAGCGCAACCAUCUGAAGGACCCCUCACGUAAGGCCCAGAGUGCACACCGAAGUGUCGACACAGCAGAUUCAGGUGUGGUGACCGAAGACCUCCCAAAGAGCGAUGAAGUUAGCGCAGCUCUGUUGUGCUCCUUAGAGAGAGAACUGAGGGGGCAUUUGAUCUCGGAGAGCGUGGGCACAGAUGGCUUCUACGUAGAUGUGGGAACGCAGACGUAUGACUUCUCCUUGGCCCCCUUCAACACAGACGCAUCGCUUGCCGACGUCAUAGCGGAUAAACCCAAAGGUCUUUACUUAAACAUCCAGGCGGAAUCUGUCACCAGAAGACACAACAAGACAACUUCGGCUUUCAGUUACAUCUGUGGCCACUUCUUCCGCCGGGAUGAAUACCACUCUCAUUUCAGGAACGUCCAUUCAGACAUACAGGCUUGUCUGAACGGCUGGUUUGAACAACGGUGCCCUUUGGCCUACCUUGGGUGCACCUAUAUCCAGUCGAGGUUUCUUCCCUCUGGCCAGCACGCCACGGUCCAAUACUGCCAAGACCUCAACACCUUUGCCCUCCGACCAGAGGUCUUUUCAUCCCACUUAGAGGGCGGAAAGUCCCUCAGCCCUCAGCGAAAACGUGCACGCAAUAUAGAUCCCCUGAGCAGAAUGCCCUUUGAGAUCCUUCAGCACAUUGCCAGUUACCUUGACAGUUUCACAUUAUCCCAGCUGUCCCAGGUCUCCCGGCUGAUGAGAGAGGUGUGCGCCACGCUGCUACAGCAGAGAGGGAUGGUCUCUCUCAAGUGGGAGAAGAAGAAAUACUCUCACGGGGGCACUUCCUGGAAAUGUCGAAAGAAAGCCUGGGGGUUCAGCUGUUUGUUCUCCCCCGUGGACAGAUGGUGCUUCAGCAGCAUCCCCUCCAUGUCUGAACACCUCAAAGCCUGCUCCUUCUACCAGAGAGAGGAGCGUGCUGAGCCCGUGGCGCUGCCCAGCUUUGGGGAGGUCACACAGAAGCGUGGAAGAGUGAACCACCAGUGUUGA